AUCUGGCCAGAGUUCUAGCAAAUUAUGAAAGGAUACUUAACAAGGGUGGCAACACCCGCUCGUAAUUUACUCUUCUCCAUUGUCUGGCUUGACUGUUCUCUUUCUCGCGAUCGCUCCGAAAAGCAGGCGAGGGCGAGGGCAAGGGCGAAAGUGUCAUUUCGAGAAUAUCGCCGCCAUAACGGGCGAUGUCCUACGGAAUCAGCGUCUAAUCUCUUCGCCUUAAUCUCGACUAUCAAUUCGAUACAAUGUAUUCGGUAUUACCCCUUACGCUAUUGUUGAGUGGCUUUGCCGCCAAAGUCCGCUGCGACAGUCAGUUCAUCACACCUCAAGCUACGGUCGGUUGGCGACACAAUCCAACCUUUGAUGUAGGAGAUAGCGUGAAUGUGGAAUGGGUGACGGAUUUUGAUCAAACAGACCUAUAUAUAUACCAGGCUUACCCUCUUGCGACCGAGAAUGGGGACUUGUGGUACUCCCAGCUCCGAGCGAACACAACAUCUACCAGCUAUAUCUGGCAGGCCAAGUCUGAUCAAUUCGACACUGACGUCAAAGACGGCGAGGACGUCGUAUUCUUCUUUGCGAUAUACAAACCUGGAACAAAUUUAAGUUCACCAAACCAUGACCUUGCGGCGGCCAGCUCCGGUGUGGUCAACGUCACCGUAUCAAACGCGCCGGAGUCAAAAACGACGAGCGGGAUAACGCCCACUGUAGAACCUAGCCAAAAACCCACCACGUCUAAAGCCGAAUCAGGGCUAUCCAGCGGAGCGGUCGCUGGCAUUGCAGUUGGUGCCACGCUUGGCGGCAUCGCGUUUCUCGGAGGCCUGGGAUUCCUGGUUUGGAGGCAUUGCCUACAGGGAGAUGCGAGUAGAAGAUAUGCACCAGCGGCGCCACAACAACCUUCGCUGGUUCAAGAGCACUACAAGCCUCCACAGGCACCAGCUUACGUAGCCUGCCAAGCAGAAGAUUUAUCCCCUGGAGGGCAGGAACAGCUAAGUGCGGGGGCCUCGCGGGUUUAGGAAGUACCUUAAUUGCCGUAUUAUUUUAAGAAAAAGCAUGAAGAGGGUGCCGGAGUAAUAAGUCAGGGUUGCCUUAUUCAGAGAAUGGCUUGAAUUAAUUUGUAUAAGUACAACAUAG